AUGCUUAAUUCCCGUCACGAUGAAGGUUCUGGUCAGCGGUCCCUGGUUCUAUGCAGCGAUAGGCCAAACUGCAGGCUUCGCUUGCUACGACAAGCGAUUCCUGAAAAUGUGUCAAACGAGUCACGAAUCUUGGAGAAUUUGAUAGUCAAUGAAAGUCACACAACAGGCGAUCAAUUUCUGAACGUCCGUGGAUUUAAAGAUUAG